CAGCGCAGUCCAACCCUUUCCCCAUGGCCUCGAACUUCCGCGGUUCGAUGUGGACAGAAUCGGGAAAAACACACGAAGAAAUGAGAGGUUGACAUCCGAUCUGCUCUGUUUCAAAAAAAAAGAUUUUAUGCAUAUGAGUGAUUGCAGAGCACUUAGCUGACCGGGUUUCAGUUUGACUGCAUUGCUUAUUUCUUCCGUCCUGAAACGCUGUGGAAAACUCUUGCUGCAGCUUGCACCCAGAGGCGCUUGCAGCGCAGUGAUCACGUGGCCUCAGCGCCGGCUCCUCCAUUGACUCCCCAUCGCUCUGAGCCUGAGCUGGAGUCGACUGACUGACCAUGGUUUACUAUUUCACCAGUAAUGUGAUUUCUUCACCAUAUACAAUCUAUAUGGGAAAGGAUAAAUAUGAAAAUGAAGACCUAAUAAAGUAUGGAUGGCCAGAAGAUGUUUGGUUUCACGUGGAUAAAUUGUCUUCAGCCCAUGUGUACCUCCGACUGUACAAGGGGCAGGCAAUUGACAGCAUCCCCAAAGAAGUACUAAUUGACUGUGCUCAGCUAGUAAAAGCCAAUAGCAUACAAGGAUGCAAAAUGAACAACAUAAAUGUUGUGUACACUCCAUGGUCUAAUCUGAAGAAGACUGGUGAUAUGGAUGUGGGUCAAAUAGGAUUUCACCGACAAAAAGACGUGAAGGUAAUUACAGUGGAGAAAAAAAUUAAUGAAAUUUUAAACCGGUUGGAGAAAACUAAAGAUGAGCGAUUCCCAGAUUUGGCAGCAGAAAAGGAAUCCAGGAACAGAGAGGAGCAGAAUGAAAGAAAAGCACAGAUUCAAGAGAUGAAGCGAAGAGAAAAAGAGGAGAUGAAGAAGCGAAAAGAAACUGAGGAACUUAGGUGCUAUUCUUCACUUAUGAAGUCUGAAAAUAUGAGCAGCAAUCAGGAUUGUGGCUAUGACUCGGAUGAUUUCAUGUAAAGGCCACUGGAUACUAAGAUAUAGACUGUUUGAAAUGGAGGUGUGGGCCUACCAAAUAAUGUUUCUCCUUUGACUAUAUCUUUUCUCCUGUGGACCAGUGCCAUUAUGUUACCAGAUUUCUGCCUUGCCCUAAGAACAACAGAGUGGAAAAUGACAUUUUUCUUCAAAAUUUCCUCUGAUUUUGAAAUUUGAGUAUGAAAAUGCUGUUUUGACUUGAGCUUCACAUGGUCGUGUUUUUGAGGAAAAUAGCUUAUUGUUAGAAGUAUUGUUGCUGGAAUUCUUUAAAUGCCAAAAAGAUAUGGGGAGGCUAUUAAAAUAACGUGUCAUUGAAAAAUGUGUAGAUCAUUCAGGCAUUGUUGAAAAGAGUUCAUGGUUUGAUUUAUGCUGCACUUGGCAUAAAGUUCAAGCAGUGUGACUUUGCAUACAUUAAAUCUUUCAUCUCUUUCUUUAUUUUUUUUCUUGUACAUGAGUCAGAUAAGCAAUAAACCUAAAUCUUGCUGUUAUAGAUGUAUUGAAAUAACUUGUCAUUUGUAUAAAAUUGUAUAAGAAUGCACGCCGGUGUGUAUAAUUAAAACAAAGUGAAAUAAAA